AUGGAAUCGCCCAAGGUGCUGCUGCAGGAGUGUGUUCAGUUUCUGAAAGCCCAGUGUGAGGGAUUAUUGGGACGGAUCGAAAAGACCGUACGGCUGGGCUCAGCUCUAAACGUUGCCCCAAAGUGUCCGCCGGAUCAACACCAAGAAGAAGAAGAAGAAGGUGCCUAUUUGGACAUGAGUGGUAGCAAUACUCCCAAGGCCACCAUUGGCUCAUCUUCGGCCAGCAUCGAUGACACGACGGAGGAUGUUGAAGCGGCACAGGAUUCGAUCGAUGGUCCAAAUUCACUGGAGCCACAAGAAAACACGUACGAGCUCACUACCGAUCAGAUUCUUUACGACGAGUGCCAGCAAGACGAGACCUGUGGGGAGGUUUCUCCAACGCUCAAGACAGCCGAAAGUGUUACGGACGAACAUCAGUGUCCGUUUAGUGGCCUCCCAGCGUCGCAUUUGCGGCUGCAGCAGUCACCAAAGCAUGGUACCUUGUUCAAGCAAGAAAAGCGCUUGUUUUUCGAUCAAUUCAAAAAAUACUACGUUGGGCUGAUCGGGAAGUGGCUGCUGGUGUACAAUAGUCACAACGAUCUGAAACCCUGCCAGACGAUCUUCAUCAAGAGUUUCAAGCUCGACCUGAGCUUGAACGAGCACAUCAAUGAGAAACAUUUGUUCCAGAUCUAUACCCACACCGAUUCAAAGGUACACUUUCUUUCGCCCAGCUUCCAGGAUCUGAAUGAGUGGAUCGUGGCGAUUGAGAAUAAUCUGAUCGAGAGGACCGAUCGUGUGGAGGGAACGGGUAGUAAUGCAAUUCGAAAACUGCCCUUACCACCGUAUCCGGAGCAGUGCGGUAUCGAUGAAACAGAUCUGCACACUAUGAGUCAUGAUGAUGGAAUUUACGAGGAACCAGCGCUGUGUUUGAAGACGGAAGUUGUAUCACCCGCUAAAGAGAAUGGCGGUUCAGCAAACACGCACGGGUACGAUACUCCCAAACCGGGCACCCCGAAACCGGUAGAGCCUGAUGUGGUUCCGGAUGGCGGAAAAACAGACUCACCACCAUCGAUGGGGAAGAAAAAUGAGACCCCCGUGACCAGCUCCGACUUCUGCGCGGUUAACCCUGCAAUCCCGCAAUUAACUACGUCGAGUAAUAGGCCAGUGAAAAGUUGGCUCAAGAACAGAUUUAACCGUUCGCCGGCUGAGCCCGUCGAUGUGAAACCAAGCAAAAAGGCGAUGAAAAAACUGUCGUUCGAAGAGCUACCAGCAUCGGACGGCGUUAAGGAACCGAAGGGCGUUAAGGGAGCAAAGAUCAACAUGAUCAUUAGUCAGCUCGAAGCCAACGGGAAGCUCAAUCUGCUAUCGAAACGGCUGAACGAGUCCAACAAACGGUACACUUGGGUGGUAGAUGAUGUGGCUGGCUGA